AUGGAAGCUGAGAAAUUCCAUAACAGGUUGUCUGCAAGCCGGAAAUUAUGGGAUGCUGGUAACCUGGCGCAGAGCAAGUUUAAAACCCUCAGAACCAGGGAAGAUGAUAGUAUAAUCUUCAGUCUGAGGCUAACACCUGCAAAACUGGAGAGCUGGUUGGAGUUUUGGAGUCUGAGGGCUGAACAGCCUGGAACUCUGAUGUCCAAGAGCAAGAAAGGAAGUGUGUCCCAGUUCCAGUUUCUCAUUGAAGAAUUUGGAGUAGAGGAAUUUAACUUUGACGAAAUCACUGGCUAUUUUGCUGAGAAUAAUUUGGCAGAAAGUGACCACAGCAUAAUCAAUGAUUUAAAACAGGAAAUGCUCAGAAUCCUUCCUGAACAAAUGAUUCCAGGAAUCCCAGAGAAUUAUCCUGAUGCCAAGCCACUUGGAAGAGGCUCCCAGGAUACAGAUGUAAACAAAAGUGCCUCCCCAACUGCCGAGGAACAGCCGGAUGAACCUGAUGGCCCCCUUCCUGGCUCAGCCAGUGACCAAGAAAAGAAAGUAAGAUUAUCUCCAGCUAAAAUGUCAACCAAGAAUUCUACAGAUCUAGUUGAAUAUGUUGACAAGGGUCGUUCUUUUCUUCCUGUCAUUCAAAACACCCAGAAAAGUCAGCUGGAAGACAGACUGAACAACCAGGAGCGGACCAUAGCUUUCCUCCUUGAACAAGCCUCCCGCAUCAAAGAGGACAUCUCUGCUUGUCUCCAAGGGACCCAUGGUUUCCGAAAAGAGGAAUCACUUGCCAGGAAGUUACUAGAAAGUCAUAUACAGACCAUCACCAGCAUCGUCAAAAAACUCAGCCAAAACAUCGAGAUAUUAGAAGACCAAAUAAGAGCUCGAGAUCAGGUGGCCACAGGAACUAAUUUUGCAGUACAGGACCUAAACAUCAAACACCUGCAAGGAGUGGGAGACCUUCGGGGAAGAGUAGCCAGAUGUGACUCAAGCAUCAUGAAGCUUUCUGGAGACAUACACUUUAUCAGGAAUGAGUACCGGCAAAUAGAGAAAUCAAUUCAAGACCUCAUAUCUGCUCUGGACACUGUUUCCAAGAACUUGGAUAUGAAGGUAAUGCAGCUCUUAGGAAAGAUAGAGGCUUCCACUUCUGAGCAAACCUCAAAUUUAAAGAUGGUCCAGGGAGAUUAUCGCCAUGAAAUGAACCUUUUGGAAUUCAAAUUCAAUUCACUUUCAAGUAAUCUGUAUGAAGAACUUGAUAACAAUCAAAAAUGGACAGAAAAUCAGUUUAUCAAAUACAGAAAAGAUCACCUGAGCCAUAUAAAUGAAUGUCUGAAGGUCCUACAGGAGAAGCUGGAAAAGUCUGAAAGCAAAAUGGAAGAAAAAAUGUUGCAGCUUUCAAGCAAAUUAGAAAAUUUCAUUAAUGCACAGAAACAGGAAGCAGAACUAAACAAAGUAAAGCUUAUAGAAAAUAAAUUGUACAAAAAGAUGAACCAAAUGGAAAAGCACAUCUGGAACGAACUAGAGAAAAUACAGAAUGAAUAUCAAUCAGGAUUUAAAUCAAUUCAUGACUCUCUCAACUCCCUCCAACAAAUACAGAAAACAAAAAUGGAUUUAGAGAAAUAUAAAGUACAGAAAGACAUAAAGAAAUUAAAGCGUAAGAUUGUGGAACUCCAGGAGGUAUAAACCUUUCCAGUCCUCUUCUUUUUCACCAGUUAAUGGAGCAAUCUGUUAGGAAUAGUUGUGAAGAAGAAAGUUAAUAUCUCUAUGGUGUUUACUGCUUCUAAUGUCUCUGUAUUUCUCACCAUCAUUUAAGAAGAUGAAUGUACCAGGGAAAAACAAUAAAGAAGCUU